UCUGCUGCUAUAAUGGCUGCUUUUAUGGCUUUGGCUGCUCUGGGUCUGUUUGGGACUCUGCCAGACUGUGAGGAGCUCACAAAACCACGGAGCCUGGAGGACGACUACAAAAGCAUUAUGGGUAAAUGGAUCUUUCAUAAAGGUAUAGCAGAUCAUCAGUUAUUCACGCAGAUCCUGAAGACGGUAAACAGCUCCUGGAUUGAGUUUGGGCCAAGUGCUCUGGAAAACACUGUGACUCUGAGUCAAGGAAACAUGCUAAAUGGAAAGUGUGAAUUUAGCACCAUCAACGCAACUAUUAAAGACAAUACCAUUUAUUCCUACAAAAACGGCACAUUAUCAGAGGGAAAGUUUUUGCAGUCCUGUCCUGACUGUCUCACCAUAAGCUUCGUCAGUCAAUUCCGAAACGAGACCAUUAAGACGCUGUACUUUUUCAAAAGAGACAGUAAAGCAGAAGAGGUGGAUGUAGACAUGUACUGGAAGCGAGCCGAGUGUCUCGGGUUCAAAUCUGAAGAGCAGUACACUUAUGAUGGAGUAACAGAAUUCUGUCGUGUUGCCAAAGACAGCUCAUCUGUCCAGAAACCUUGAAGCUUGGACCGAUCAGUUCAAUAAUAAAAGGCUGCUUUUUUGCAUCUGAAUUAGUACAAACACAAAAAGAAAAGAG